AUGGAGGCCGUCCGAUUGAUAGGAGAUCAUCAAGCGUAUGGAAGCUUCGAGGAUGAUCUAGCCGCUCCUUCUUCCAUCUCAUCCUCGUUAGUAGCUGACGCGAAACCGUCGAAUGAUAUUAACUUCGAGCGCGCCGGCGAAGACUACCGGCUUCAACUAGCCCUCGCGCUGCGCCUAGCCGCCGAAGCGUCGUUUCUAGACGAAGCCAGCGAGAGGCGACGCGGGUCCGGGCGGGCGGGUUUGGACUUUGCGGAGUUCGACGCGCGGGGGAAGGGGGUGACUGGUGCGGGGGAUAGGCGGAGGGGGGGCGCGCGGAAGGCGGGGAGGGACGACGGAAGUGUCGCGCGGGGGAGGGAGGAGGACGAGCGGCGGCCGGGGCAUAAGCUGCACCCCUGGGAGCUGGAGCGGUGCAUCUUCCGCUUCUGGACGACCCAGGUCCUGGAAUACAGCGACGCGGCGGACUCGCGGUUCUACGGGGUGUUUGGGUCGGCUCUGAACGCCAAGGUGUGGGGCGUGUGCGCGGAGGCGCGCGGGCAGGGCCACAUGCCGACGCUGGAGAUGCUGCGGAUGCUGGCAGCGCAUGACACGGCGGUGGACGUGGUGCUCGUGGACUUCGAGGAGGAUAAUGGGCUCAGAAAGCUCGUCGCUAGGCUGGCUGCUGGGCGUGGGAAGGCGCAGGCGCAGGCGCAGGGGGCGCAGGGGGAGGCGGAGGGGCAGAGGACUGGCGAGCCCACAGCGGGUGAUGUUGCAAGGGUGGUAGCAGAGGCAAUGGGGGGACCAGUACCCAACGACGAAGAGAUCUAUGAGGUUUGGGAGGAGCUGGCUCGGGAGAGCAGGGUGCGGGCCGGAUCGCCCAUCAUGCUCAUCGGGAGCAUCAAGCUGGGUCUGAGUCGCCACCGUGCCUUGCUCUUCAAGGCGCUAGCAGACUACUUUGGCAUUCCAUGUCGCAUGAUCCGAGGAACCAAUGGGGAGGCACUCAUUGCCACACGCUGCCGCCACAACAGGGAGUGGUUGGUAGAUGUGAUGAGGCAUCCGGGGCAGAUGGCGUCUCGGUCUCACGAUGGCACAGUGGCAGGUCCCGCCUUCCUCAGAUCCCCCCUGCAGUUCGACCUCCCCUCCCCCUGGUCCGCCUCCCCCGCCCAAUCCGCGCGCCUGCACCUCCACUCGCGCCCCCCCCGCCCCCCCGGGUCCUCCCCCCAGCAGCCUGGCGCAGGGGGAGGGGGAGAGGGCGCAGGGACAAGGGGGGAGGGUUCAGGGGCGGGUGGGGGGCAAGGGGCGAGUGGGGAUGGGAGGAGAGGGUCACAGGGAGGGGGGUCGGAAGGGAGGGGUGGAGAAGGGGCAGGGGGGGCGGGGGUUGAAUCUGAGCCGUCGGUUUAUGCCCUGGCAACGCAGCAGCGGUUUGCAGGGCGGAGCAGUUGUGGGUGCGGGAUUAGACGGGGGGUGUGGGGGCAGGGGGGAGCGUCAGGGGGAAGGGGGAGCGCGGGGGGAGCAGAGAGGCGCUCAGGCAGGCUUAGCACGUUGGGGGAAGCAGGGGGAGGGGGCGGAGGGGCAGGGGGGGAAGUAGGGGGAAGCGUGGGGCAAGGGGACAACCCCCCCGCAGGUGGUGCUGGGGGGGCGGAGAGGGGGGGCGUCGGGGGGAGUGGAGGAGGUGGGGGAGCGGGCGCAUCUGGGGGAACGAUUGGGGGAAUGGCGGAAGGGGGGGGAAGCAGCGGGGGGAUGCUGGGGAGAUGGCUUAAGAGCCCCGCAGGCAGUGAGCGGGUGUUCUGGGGGGGCGCAGGGGGGGAAGGCGCAUGGGCGCAAGGGGCAGGGGGAGCAGGGGGAGAGGGCGGAGGAGGGGGGAGAGGCGCCAGAGGGAAAGGGGGGAUUAUGGAGGGGUGGGGAGUGGUGGCGCCAGGGAAAGGGGGGAAGGGGAGGAAAGGCAAGGGGGGAGAGAAGGGUACGGGGAGGACGAAGGGGGGGAGGAGAGGGGGGAGGGGGAGGGAGACGGAGGAGGAGAGGGGGGAGGAGGAGCGGGGAGGGGCGGGGGGAGCAGGGGGGGCGGCAGGGGCCCGGGAGAUGGCGGAUGAAGGGGCUAUGGUGCUGCGAUGGGCGAUGAAGGAGCUUGAGAUUGACUGGGCUGACAUGCACUUGCGAGAGAGAAUAGGGCAAGGUUCAUAUGGCACGGUGUACCGAGCAGAGUGGCAGGGAUCGGACGUGGCAGUGAAGGUCUUUCUCGACCAGGACCUUGGCUCGCAUGCUCUCGAGGACUUCAGAACAGAGGUGGCCAUUAUGUUCAAGGCACGCCAUCCCAACGUGCUCUACCUCAUGGGUGCUGUCACGCGCCCGCCCCACCUCUCUAUAGUCACCGAGUUCUGCCCCCGGGGAAGUAUCUUCCGGCUGCUGCAGCAGCCCAAUCGCGAGCUGACACCUCAGCGGAGACUGAGCUUUGCGCUUGAUGUGGCAAAAGGCAUGAACUACCUACACAAGCGCAAGCCUCCCAUCGUUCACCGGGACCUCAAAACGCCGAACCUGCUCGUGGAUAAGGACUGGACCGUCAAGGUGUGCGACUUCGGGCUUUCCAGAUUGAAGCAUCGAACGUUUCUCUCCACCCGCUCUGGUGCCGGCACGCCUGAAUGGAUGGCUCCAGAAGUGUUACGCAACGAACCCUCCAAUGAAAAGGCGGAUGUGUAUAGCUUUGGUGUGAUCCUGUGGGAGCUAGCAACCAUGCAGCAGCCAUGGACGGGUCUCAACGCCCUUCAGGUGGUGGGAGCAGUGGGGUAUCAGAACAGGCGCCUGGAAGUGCCUGAUACGAUUGACAGCAGAGUCGCAGCAGUCAUCAAGUCAUGCUGGAGCGA